UUGAUUAGAAUCUCUAUUCGCAUCAGAAUCUGUCUCAGAGUCCAUCCAUCGUUUCGUCACACCAUGUGGAGAAGAAUCGUCUCCUCCGGUCUCAAAACCCUAGCCGCUGCUUCUCCUCCUCCUUGUCGAUCGAUAGCCGCCACCGCGAGACCCGCUGGCUUCUACCUCGCUGCCAAUCUAUCAGCCGCUUGUUCCGUCAUCCCUCGCCAUUUCAGCUCCGAACCAGUAGAGAAGAAGGUGGAGGAUGUAAUGCCCAUCGCUACUGGUCAUGAGAAGGAAGAGCUUGAAGCUGAACUCGAGGGAAGGAGGCUGCUUGAUAUCGACUUCCCUGAAGGUCCUUUUGGAACUAAGGAAGCUCCUGCUAUUGUGAAGUCCUACUAUGACAAGCGAAUUGUGGGAUGCCCAGGUGGCGAAGGCGAGGAUGAACACGACGUUGUGUGGUUCUGGCUGGAGAAAGGAAAGUCUUUUGAAUGCCCUGUUUGCACUCAGUACUUUGAGCUGGAAGUGGUUGGUCCUGGUGGGCCUCCGGAUGGUCACGGUGAAGACCAUGAGCACCACCACUGACUCCGGCACCGAGUUUUGCUUUCUGUCUUCACUUUCUUUAAAUAUUUUUAUAUUUUUUUAUUGGAAUAAAUAUACAUACAUGCCGCUGGUUGUAACACAGUUGAAAAUGUUUUUGAAACUUUUAGAACGCAACAUUUCGGUAUCGGAAGUUGUCAAGAUGCCUAAACACUUACAACCGUUGUUUUACUUUUGUAAGAAUUCUUGAAUCAGAUUCAUUCUUGCCUUUUUUGCUUA